AUGUUCUCUUCCGCGCUGAAAUCCUUCAGCUCUAAUAUUUCCGCCAAUUACCAGAUCUCUCCCAACCCGACCGUCUAUGCAGGCCCCUGGAAAAUCCACGAUGCAAAGAAAAAGUCUACAGGGACUGCAGCUUCAGUCUUCAUCUUCGAUCGCAAGAUCCUCGAGCCACGAUCAGGUGGAUUUAGUUCUCGUGCAUCUGGUUCCUCUACCAAGAAACUGCAAGAAGAUGUAAUUGAAAGACUGAAGCGAGAAGCGAGCAACCUUGCGCGACUGAGGCACCCGUCCAUUCUGCAGGUGUUGGAGCCUGUCGAAGAAACACGAAACGGGGGCCUCAUGUUUGCAACAGAGCCUCUAACAGCUUCGCUUUCAGGGCUUUUGCUAGAUAAAAAUCAACAGGAGGGCACCUCGGGUCCGGGCUCUCGAUCGAGCCGGAACAUGGUCGAGGCCGAUGGAACGCGUCGGAGAAAGGACUUGGAGAUCGAUGAAUUGGAAAUUCAAAAGGGACUGCUCCAGGUAGCCAAGGGACUGGAGUUCUUGCAUGAAUCUGCAGGAUUGGUGCAUGGCAACCUCAACCCAGAGGCCAUCUACAUCAAUGCCAAAUCAGAUUGGAAGAUAUCUGGUUUAGGAUUUGCGGGACCCCCUGACUCUUCGGAGUCUCGAUCAACUCUGCCCCCGUUAGCAGUUUCCGAAGUCCUGUAUCAAGACCCAAGGCUGCCUGCCUCCGUGCAGCUGAACAUGGAUUAUACAUCUCCGGACUUUGCUCUAGACUCUAAUGUGUCGUCCUCCGCGGAUCUGUUUUCCUUGGGUCUUAUUGUCAUCACUCUCUAUAAUUCACCCCAUAUUUCUCCGCUGCAGACACAUGCGAACUUGUCAACUUACAAAAAGCUUCUGAGUUCCCCGUCGACAACUCCCUCCCAGGGCAAUAACUUUCUUUGCUCCCAACCAAUCCCGCGAGAUGUUCUGUCCCACGUUCUGCCUCGAUUGAUCACUCGACGACCUGCGCAACGCAUGAAUGCUCGAGAGUUUCAAGAAUCCCAGUACUUCGAUAAUGUCCUGGUGUCCACUAUUCGAUUCUUGGAGUCUUUGCCCACCAAAAAUCCAAAUGAAAAAUCUCAAUUUUUGCGCGGAUUGCAACGCGUUCUUCCCGAUUUUCCCGCAUCGGUACUUGAGAAAAAGCUCUUGGGUGCCUUACUAGACGAAAUGAAAGAUCGUGAUCUUCUUCCUUUGAUCCUUCAAAAUGUUUUUGGAAUUCUUCAACGAAUUCCUAGCGGGCGCCGCGCUUUUCCCGAGAAGGUUAUUCCCCGUCUGAAAGAGGUGUUUGUGACAACUUCAGGGAAGCCCGCGGCCCAAGAACGUGAUUCAAAGAAAGAUGCGGGUCUUAUGGUUGUCCUUGAGAAUAUGAAACUCAUUGCGGAAAAUUGCUCUGGCAUGGAGUUCAAAGACGAUAUCCUUCCACUAAUAAGGCUCGGUAUGGAGUCGCCUACUCAUACCUUGGUGGAUGCUUCCAUUAAGUGCCUCCCCGCGAUUCUUCCCGUUCUUGACUUUACCACUGUGAAGAAUGAAGUGUUCCCUCCCAUCGCCGCUACCUUCAGUCGCACUAGCAGUCUCGCCAUCAAAGUCCGUGGCCUGGAAGCUUUCUGUGUGUUGUGUGGUGGCUCCGCAGAUGAGUCUGAUGCGUUUGAUGACGACCUUAGCGGUGCUGUCCAGUCAAAUAAAACCCCAAAGUCGUCCAUCCUAGAUAAAUAUACAAUUCAAGAGAAGCUGGUUCCAUCCCUCAAGGCAAUCAAGACCAAGGAGCCGUCGGUGAUGAUGGCUGCGCUGAAGGUGUUUCGGCAGGUUGGUAAAGUCGCCGACUCGGACUUCCUCGCUCUCGAGAUUCUUCCAAUUCUUUGGGCUUUCAGUCUCGGUCCCCUGCUAAAUCUACAGCAGUUCAAUGAGUUUAUGAGUUUGAUCAAGUCUCUCUCUGCCAAAAUUGAGAAGGAGCAGACGAGGAAACUUCAAGAACUCUCUUCAGGCGGAGACACUCGAGGAUUUCAGAACACCAAGGGCGCCUUUUCUCAGUCAGCGACAGACCUGACAUCGCCCGAUACCGACGGUGCAAGAAAUAAUUUCGAGCGUCUUGUUCUCGGAAAGAACUCGGCAACCUCGAAUACCAAAGAGAUGGACAUCUGGGGCUCUAUGGAGUCCGAGCCAGCUGCCGCGCAACGCCCGAGUCUGUCACCCUCGCUGUCAUGGUCCACAAACAAUGGAUUGGGUUCUGGUCAAGUCAAUAACUCCUCGAACCAGCUCGGCUUCCGCUCUAUCACACCGGAUCAGAAGCUGGGCUCUUUCCCGUCUCUUGAACCUGCUCGCCAAGCAUCUCCCACUCCUUCAUUUCCGGCUUUGCAACCAUCCUCGCCUACUUGGAAUGUUCAACCUCAGGCUGGAAACAGGCCCGGGCCAUCUAUGGCAUCCCUGUCUGGCAUGGCCUCCAGUAACCCAAUGUCCAGGCCGACAUCAUUCUCUCAGCAAGCCCCCAACUACUCUGGCUUCUCAAUCCCGCCUCCUCCAACCGGAAAUUUGGGCGUAAACAACGCCAUGAGACCUUCAAUUGGCAUGAACACAACUCCCGUAACAUUCCCGACUCAGCCUCAAGCACAGCCAUCCGUAAUUCAGAAACAAGGCUUGGAUAAGUAUGAGAGUUUGCUGUAA